AGCAUCCACUGAUAUAACGGGUUCUGAUGAUUCUCAACGCCAAAACAUCCCCAAUCCAUGGACAUGGAGCGGUGGAUUCUCUGUCGCCGUUGGGACAGGUCAUUCUACGAUCUGACUUGGCUGAUAAAUGUGGCGCUCGCGCUCAAUCUCACCAGGGCGCUUCUGAGAUGCUUACCACAACUCGGCAUGGUGCAGAGAAUGCAUGGCUCAUGUGUACGCCAAACAAUGGCAUUAGGUGUUAACGGCACCCAAAAGGGUACGGUUCAGACGCAACUUCUUAUUUUGAAUUAAUUAUUAUGCCUCCUCCCAGCCCCCUCAUCCGUUUCUCGCGCCACCAUCCGUGCCAUUGAUAUACGACUUGCGUUAUGCACUUACCUACUCUCAGUUUUCCAUCAUCAUUUCCGUUUACGAGCUGCUGGUGCGAGUCUCUCAGCGUCACAGCUACGCUAGAAAGGCCUAUGCACAUAUGACUCAUCAGCCCGUAAUUUCCCUGGGCGUUUAACAUCGGCCCCAGUGCCGGAGAAGAAGGUGUGACAUGUUUUGACGUUCUCGCUGCACUGCACGCUGCAUUACAGUGCCCACUCACGGACACAGAAUGGGGCACCGCUAGUGACGAUAAACGUGCGAGUCAUAUUGCCACCGGGAUGGAUGAACGGUUGCCUAGA